AUGCAAGUCAACGUAGGAAAAGGGGGCCCAGCACACGAGACGGCCCUCAAUCUAGCGUUUGAAAGAAAGACUGACAUCCUUCUCAUACAGGAACCCUGGAUUCACAGGAACUUAAGCCAACGCAUCUCCAAAAAGCAUCCAGCAUUCAACUGCUUUGCCCCAAUUGAAAAGUGGGACAGGAAGCCACGGGUCCUCACCUAUGUGCAUAAACACCCACAAAUCCAUGCUCAUGCAGUCCCAGGCCCCUGGGCAGAAAACCGGGACAUCCACAUGCUGCACAUACAGGCCUGGGGUCUACAGCUUCAGACAGUCAACAUAUACAAUGCACCCCCAGGCGCAGAGGAUCCUGGACAAGGUGUGGGCUGUCUUCUCUCCUGGUCUGUCCCAGCACUCCCGUUGCUCCUUGCUGGCGACCUCAAUAUCAAGCACCCCGUGUGGCAACCAGGAGUGCCUCCAAGCAGGUGGGCGGAACCAUUCCUGCAAUGGACCAUGAAUUUCAACUUUACUCUCACCAUGGACCCAGACACUCCCACACGAACUAUACAAAGAAGACGUGCACGCUUAGGCUACGCAGAUGAUCUAGGACUGCUUAGUGCUGGAACCACUCUUGAAGGGAAUGUUGUUACUCUCCAGGAGGAUUUCAAGUUGCUAAAUGAUUGGGCCAGCAAAGAAGGGCUGACAUUUGAUUUUGCCAAAACUGAGAUAGCACACUUCACACGGCGCAGAACCCUUUCAAACCCCUCAAUUGACCUUGAAACAACAUCUGGCACUCACUCUAUUACAGCAAAGGCAGUGAAAAGCUCCAUAAGAUAUCUAGGAAUCUGGCUAGAUAGAAAACUGAGCUUCAAGAAACACGUGGAGACCAUGGCGGCUAAGGCACGACAGGUGUCUAAUGGCAUACGAGCACUAAGCAACACAGCAAGAGGCGCCCCAGUACAACUGCUUAGACAAUCCAUUCAGGCCUGUGUGCUCUCUGUGCUCUGCUAUGGAGCAGAGGCCUGGUGGCCUGGAGCCACACGAAUGGAGAAGGGAAAGGAAAUCUCCAAUUGA